AUGGAUACGGAAAAGGAUGAAUAUAUGAGUAAUGGAUACGGCGAUGUUGAUAAUAGUGAAGAAGAAGAACAUGAAAGCGAUGAAUCGGAGGCUGAAACUGAUGGCUAUGAUGAUGGUGAUAGCGAGGAAGAUGAUACUGGUUAUAAUGAUACACAAGAUGGAACAGAUGGAGGGGAGGAAUAUGAUGCAAGUGAAUCUAAUGAAGAUGACGACCAAGAAGAAGAGGAUGUUUGGGUGACUUCGGAUUAUUUCUUUUCAUUCGUAUCAUUUAGUGAUAUCAAGAGUGGAUAUCUUGAUCCUAUUUACUGUGUUGAUAUCAUUGGACGAGUAAUGGCUGUAGGGAAUCGAAACCAACAUGGUCCUCCUGACAACGACUGGAAUGAGAUAUUCUUCGAGUUAGAAGAUCUUGAGGGUACAAAGUUAAAUUGCACGCUUUGGGGUGAUGUUGCUAGGAAUUUUGAAGGUUCAAUAAAAGAACACGAUGAAUCUGUCGUCGUAUGCGUUAUUAGAUUUGCAUGCAUUAAGGAGUGGAGAGGGGUUUAUAGCAUAUCCAACUCUUUCGGUUCAACAGAUGUUUUGUUCAAUCCAAAUAUUCUAGAAGUGGAGAAGUUUACUAAAAUGUUGCCAUCAGACGUCGUCGAUUUUGUCAAGAUUAAUUCUGAACCCAAAAAUGAACAACCGAAAGUUACACUAUAUGAAGAGUUCUUCGUACUCAAUGAAAAGAUGACAAUAGACGACAUUCUUUAUGCACUAGAGGUGCGUACAUGUGUUACAAUCGCAAAAAUUAUCUCCGUAGAGACAUUGCCUAAAUGUUACUACCUUGCUUGCAAAGUUUGUAAUAAAAAAGUUCAACCAUACCCACUAGAUUCUCAAGUCGGAAAAGAACGAUUAUACAGUUGUGGUGUUUGCGACAAAGACGUUACAGAUGCGGAUUGCAAGUUUAAAUUGGUCUUACAUGUCUCAUAUGGAAGUUCGCCACAUAUUAGGCUACUUUUCUUUGACGGUUUGGCUCAACUUCUCAUUGGAAAGAAGGCUGAUGAAUUGGUUGCAAAGAUAGCUGAGGAUGAUCCUUCAAUUAUUCCAAACGCUAUUUCUUCGUUUAUUGGAAAAACUAUGUUGUUUAAGGUUUCGAUCACAAAUGACAAUUUGAAGAGUUCAAAAGCGGCAUAUGUUGUUGAAAAGUUUUGGGAAAAAGAAGAUAUGGUCGUACAAUUUGUAAAGGAGUGUUAUGCAAAUGCCGAUGUCAACCCUCAAGUUCUAGAAAUAACAGAUGGAAAUGAUGAGAGUUCUUCAGUUGAAUCGGCUUCAUCACCGUCGAAGAAGACAACUUCCCGAAAGAGUGGCGACUCUGCGAAAAGUCAUAAUAUGAUUACAAGGAAAAAAAUCAAAACUGAGAAACUAGCUUAA